GCUGUAAUCAGUGAAUCAGCCAGCUAAGAACGGCAGCUGGGAAGGGAUAAGAAAAAGAGGGCUAGAAGGAGCUAGAAGGUAUAUCGAGAAAAAGGAGGAAAUAGCUAGGGCUUAUGUAAUAAUAGGGCCUCUCCGCUCUGCUCUGUCUGGCUACUACCUAGAUACAAGCCACCCACCACUUUAAACCCCCGCGUUAGCUCCAAGACGCGCCUUUUCAGGCCCGGACGCGUUUAUCAAAUCAAUCUCUCCAUUAUCAAGACUACACACACCACCCUCUUUUUGCAUCCGAUACACAACCACGUUGUGCCGCUCCCAAAGAUAACGGCCCAGCAAGGCAAAAUAACGUCAAAAUGUCUCUCGUGGCAGCCCAAGCAGCCAUUACCCAAGGGGCCCUGGAAACCAUCUUUAGCGACGGCAAUAAUGCGGCGCGACUCUUCCCCGUCCCCGUCUUGCAAUGCCUACAAAUAAAGCCUCUGGCUGCACAGGGUGAUAUGCAGCCGGACCGGUAUAGAGUGGUCUUGAGCGAUAUACGCAACUAUAUUCAGUGUAUGCUGGCGACUCAGGCGAACCAUGUCAUUCAUGACGGAUCUAUCGCGCGCGGGUGUAUCGUUCGAGUUAAGUCGUAUCAAGGAAAUUCCGUCAAGGGGAAGAACAUCCUCAUCAUCCUCGACCUCGAAGUCGCCAAGGAACUAGGUGUCCACGAACGAAUUGGCGAACCCACGGCCUUCGAAGGCAAGCCGCAAGCCGCAAAUACCGCCAUCAGUGGUACGAAUUUCUAUGGUGUAAAAACUGAGUCUUCGGCGCCUGUUAAGUCGGAGCCGAUGUCGUCGCGUGCGGGUGGAGGCGCCAGCAGCACAUCUCACCGCAACGGGAACAUCGUCAUCUACCCAAUCGAGACUCUUUCCCCUUACGCCCAUAAGUGGACUAUAAAAGCGCGCGUAACGCAGAAGUCCGACAUUAAGACAUGGCACAAAACCUCUGGAGAGGGUAAAUUGUUCUCAGUCAAUCUCCUGGACGAAAGCGGCGAGAUCAGGGCGACAGGGUUCAACGAACAAUGCGAUCAGUUCUACGACUUGCUACAAGAGGGUCAUGUCUACUACAUCAGUAACCCGUGCCGAAUUUCCUUCGCCAAGAAACAAUUCACGAACCUCCCCAACGACUACGAGCUUACUUUCGAACGGGACACGGUGAUUGAGAAGGCAGAGGACCAGUCUAGUGUGCCACAGGUCCGCUUCAGCUUUGUGAACAUCCAGGAGCUUCAGUCGGUGGAAAAAGACGCGACGAUUGAUGUUGUGGGUGUUUUGAAGGAAGUUGGCGAAGUCUCCCAAAUCACCUCGAAGACUACCCAGAAGUCGUACGACAAGCGCGAAUUAACCUUGGUGGACGAUUCGCGAUUCUCUGUGCGCGUUACGAUAUGGGGCAAAACAGCCACCGCAUUCUCUGCCCAACCCGAGUCUGUCGUCGCCUUCAAGGGCGUGAAAGUGUCCGAUUUCGGUGGUCGCUCGCUCUCCCUACUCGCCUCGGGCACCGUGUCUGUUGACCCCGAUAUCGAAGAGGCUCAUCGUCUAAAGGGUUGGUACGACUCGCAAGGCCGCACUGACAGCUUCGCCAACCACAACAAUUUGGCAUCCAUAGGCUCCGCAACGGGCCGGACCGAUCAGAUCAAAGUUAUCUCGCAAGUGAAGGACGAAGGCCUCGGGAUGGAGAACGCAGAUUACUUCAACCUAAAGGCGACAGUUGUCUAUAUCAGACAAGAGAACUUCGCGUACCCCGCGUGCAGCAGUGAAGGCUGCAACAAGAAGGUGACCGACACUGGUGACGGAUGGCUGUGCGAGAAGUGCGAGAUCACGCAUCCCCGGCCCCAGUAUCGUUACAUUAUGAGCGUGAACGUGAACGAUCACACCGGCCAGAUGUGGCUGUCGUGCUUCGACGACGUUGGGCGCGUGAUCAUGGGCAUGACCGCCAACGAGCUGAUGGAAAUCAAGGAGAGCGACGAGGAUCGGCUCCCGGCCGUGUUUGAGGCCGCCAAUUGCACUAAGCUGAACUUCAGAUGCCGUGCUAAGAUGGACACGUACGAGGGCAACCAACGGGUGCGAUACCAAGUCAUGAGCGCCGGUCCGUUAGACUUCAAGGCCGAGGCCCUCAAGCUGUCCGACAUGAUCAAGCAGUUCGAAAUCGGCUCGUGAUCCCACGCAGCGCUCGUCCGAGUGACGUAGUGAGAUGUCGAUAGUCAUGUCAAGGCGGAACAUCAAUAUGUGCGGGAAACGGAAGGGGGCAGAGAGCUGAACUCUCCUACUGGUUGGAGUGAACCGAGCAGCACAUUCACUUGUAACGAGUUCGGAGAGAGUGGGUUGAAAAGGGCAGAAGAAAUCCUCAGGUUGGUGCCCGGGGCGCUCGCCUCUCAUGGGUCUGUCCGUUGGAACUUGCUGGCCGACGGAAAGGAUUGGGGGAGCUACUAAUUUCUGGUGCCUCGUCCGCGACAAGGGGGAAU